UCGCACGCUGGCAGCACUGCUUCCGCCCGUUACUCGUUAGCUCGGUCACUUUACCACCGGCCUUUGCCCGAACAGGAUCUCGCUCGUCAAGCCUCGUGGUUGCUGCCCCUGUAACAUCACUGCUACAACGCGUGCAACUCCACACGUGCUCCCCUGUACCAUACGUGCUUCCCUGUACGCCACGUGCUUCCCUGUACGCAACGUGCUUCCCUGUACGCCACGUGCUUCCCUGUACGCCACGUGCUUCCCUGUACGCCACGUGCUUCCCUGUACGCCACGUGCUUCCCUGUACGCCACGUGCUUCCCUGUACGCUACGUGCUUCUCUUAACGUCACGUGCAUCUCCACGUACAUCCACCACUCCACGUGCUCCUGACACCUCGUCAUCCUACCUACGUGCUCGUGUCUCCUAGCUCGUCUCGUGGCCGCCAUCAUCACAUCAUCAAGCAGGUCACGUGGGCUUAAUAUCGCUUGGAUCCAGAUAAGUUAACUGUUCAUUUUAGCCAACCAAUUAUUAUCUCGCCAGUUCUUCUUAUUUCAAACUAUCUCAUUCAAAACCUAAAUGCGGAUGCCAGCGUUGUGAGCUUAUUUAACCAUAAUAAACAUUAUUGGAUCUCAUUAACAUUUCAAUUCUUGGCCACGAACGUUCUAAGAUGGAGCAGAAUUAAAUUAAAUGUGAACGGUUAAAAAUAAACCCCCACAUUUUUGGUGACCCCUACAUUCCUUCAAAUAGCGUUGAAGACAUCGUUUCAUAAGUCGGCCAUAGAAAUUGAUGAUCCAUCGUCAACAUUAUAUUGGUCAUAACUUAGCAAAUCGCAGUGUUAUUCCCUAAUAGGCUUCCUGCAUGCUGUGAUGGCUGAUAAAAUUUGGUUGAGCAUGACCUUGCACUUUCUCUGAUGUCCGUGUCUAGCGAAUGAUUAUUUAACAGGAACUAACAUUAAUAUUAUUACUCGCAACUAUUUUAUACUUUCAGUAUCCAUUUUACAGUUGAUUUGUGUCUAUUUAAACAACUAGUGCUCAUUUCUAUAAUUCGUAUUUUUACAACCAGAAUCACCAUUGCAUUUUAAAUUUGCGACGCAGUUUGUGAGCGAGCGCUAUAAUCUUUUAGACAUGCAUAAUCAAGCAGAAGAAGCUACCGUUGUAGCGCAUCAAAAUUUAACGCACCAGAGUGGAAUUAUCUUACCACCGUUUACUGGCUCUUCUGUGGAACAAUGGCUUAAGUUAUGCAACUUUGCGUUUAACGCUUACUCUGUGAACAACAUAGAUCAGAAGUGCUACUUAGUUCUAUUAGCUCUCCCGAUGGAAUUGCAGUGUGAAUUGGCCAACCUAAUAGUUGAUGCGCCCAACGUUGAAGACAAAUUUGAGCUGUUGAGUGAUAAUUUAAUCAAACUCACAUACGUACCCGAGAGCACACGGAUGAAAUCGCUGCUAAAUCACACUUCGAUGGGCGAUAAAACUCCUUCAGAGUACUUGCGUCACCUUAGGCAGGUUGCAGGCACCUCGCAAGACAAAGAUUCUCCAUUGCUGAGAACGAUUUUCUCUGAAGAAGUGUUCUCGUUCAUACGUACCGUAGUCGCCCAUAUGACAGUUCAGUCUCUCGAUUGUCUUGCCGAAACAGCAGACAACAUUCACUUGGCGAUAAGAAGCGACGCAAACCUUAAUCAUUUGACCGCAAACUUUGAUCCCAACGAUCCUUCACUCUCCGGCUUACAUUUGCAGUCUCAGCAGAAGCAUGCAUCGCCACUCUUGCCUAACUCGGACUUGGCUACUUCAAUUCAUUCUCUUCAAUUAGAUGUCAAGAAAUACAUGGCGCAGAGUCAAGCAAAUCAAGAUUCUUUGCGUGAAUUAAACAAAAUGCUUAGGACCCUUUCCGCAGCAAUUGUUCAAUUACAGCAGCAAAUAACUACCUUGCAGCUGCAGAUGACUUGCAAUCCAGUUCGCAAUAACGGUUACCCCUCAAGAAGCUCUAGCAGACCAAGCACGAACGACCCAAGCAUGUGUUACUAUCAUGCAAGAUUCGGCAACCAGUCCCUCCGCUGUCGAAAGCCUUGUUCGUGGGUCAGUGAAACUCGCAGUAACGAUUCGGGAAACCAAUAGGCUGUGAUGCAGCUAAAAAUACGACCAAGCCGCACAAUACAAUAUAAAACCAAGCC